AGUGGAUACAAACCAUUAUAAACAUGGCGAAGCAGCCGAAAGAAGAACGAUAACUUCUUGUUUUGAGAAAUUUCCAAAAGAUUUUUAAACAAUGUGUUGGUGUGAAAGCUUCCAACGAAACAAUAAAGAUUAAAAUAAAAUUCAUUUUUUUUUAUAAUUUGAAGAAUACCAAGCUAUCACAAUGGAUAUCCGUGGUGUGGAAAUCACAAAUCAAUUGAGGAGUGCUAUCAGGGCAAAAUUACUUGAACUUGGAGUGCGUUAUGAUGAAGAACUACCUGAUUAUAUUUUAGUUAUGGUUGUGAACAAAAAAUCUAGACAGCAAAUGAAUGAAGAUUUGAAUUUAUUUUUAGAAGAUAGUACAGAACCCUUUGUUGACUGGUUGCAUGAUCAAGUACUAAAAAAACUACAAAAAGUUACAGUUGCCAAGAAAAAAAUUAAUAAAGAAAUUCCAUCUGUAAAUAUUAAAAAAGAAGAAGAAAAUAAAGUGAAGUUAGAAAAUGACAAAAGCGAUGUUGCAAAUAAGACAGGACUCAUAGCAAAGCAAGAUAGAGAUAGAGAAUUUGAGGAACUUGUUGGAGACUUGGCAUUUUUAAAUGAAGAAGAUCAUUCAAUAGAAUCAGAUAUAAAUAAAGAUAAAUCAAAUAAGAAAUCAAGUUCUAUACAUUCAAAUGAUUCAGAGAAUAGUAAAACUCAUUCUCAGAAACCAGAAUUAGUAGCCUCUGAUGAAAUUCCAGUAAAAUCUUUUAACAUGGAAAACUCAUCGACACCACCCAGAGAAGUGGAAAAAAGUAACAUUUCACUUGAAAAAACAAAUGAUUAUUUGCCGAAUAAAAGAACAUUAGAUGUUUUAGGAAAAGAUUCUCAUGACGAAAAUUUGCAAAGUUCUAAGCGUAAAAGAUGUUCUAACCACUUUGACACUGAAGAUGACAGAGGUAAAUCCAGUGUAAACAAACCAAAAAUAACUUCAAUUGUAUCACUUAAAUCAAGACUUGGCGUCACUUCUCCAUCAAAAAAACAAGAUUUGCACAGCAAAAAUGGCACAGGAUCUAGAAAUUCACCAAACAGACAUACAGAAAGUAAAAGAAAUGAAAAUAACAAUAUGAAUUAUUCUUCUAAUCGCAGUAGGAGUUCAGAUAGAAGAAAACCAAAUGAAGAUUCAAGAAAUGAAAGGCAUAGAAGUGAUAAUUGGAGAAAAGAUAAAUCUAGUAGAUCAACAAGUUUGCAAGAUAAUGGAAGAUUCAGUGAUAAAUCAUCAACAAUAAAGUCUCGUCUUGGUAAUAGUAACAGUCAUAAACAGAGCAGAUUAUCUUUAAAAUCUUCUAAUUCUUCUAAAAUAAGUAAACCUAAAAUAAGUAGUAUACGGAGUCGAUUAGGAGUAAGAAAUAAAUCUCUUGAAAGAGAAAGUUUAGAUUUAGUCUCAGAUUCAAUAAGAGCGACACAUAAUAAUCAAAAUUAUCAAGAGGUAGAUGAUGAUGCUGAAUCUACAGUUAAUACUUCUCUUAAAUCUCAAAUAAUAGCUGUACCAAAGCCUAAAUCACAAGAUUCCACACAAAGAUAUUUAUCAAAAAUGCCAAUCUCAAGUAAGAAGGAAGAAAGUGAAAGUAAAAACGAAGAAAAUGAUGAUGAUAGUGAUCAAUGUAAGGUUCCCAGUAAAGUGAUUGUUACGCCUAGGCCUUUGCAGCCAUUGCAAGCACUUCAAAAACGUGCUACAAAAUCCUUGCUUUUAAAAGCAGUUGCAGAAGCCAAUAAGUCAGUAGUCAUGCAAAAAAAAGUUGAUCCGUGUUUAAAAGAACAGAAGCCAACAAGUAAAAUUACAGUAAAGCGUGAUCUUCGAGAAGGCAAAAUACUUUCUGUACAUUUGAAUUCAAAAAAAAGAAUGGUCAUGGAAAAAAUUCAAGUAGAGCUUGAUAACAAACAUUUGAAAAAUUCUGGAAAAUCUUCUUCAUCCAAAACAGUUACUGAUGAAGAUUUCAAUGUAGUUAAAUCAUUAUUCAAUAGAAGUAAUGACAGGCAAAGGUUUUUAGUUACCUUAAAUGGAUACAAUAAUAAUAUUUUUGAAAACCAAAAUUCUGAUGAUGAAAAGCAAAUUGACGAACAGAUGAACGAAGACGAUGAAUUACCCACAAUGAGUGAACCAUAUGAACCAUACAAUGAAGGUGAACAUAUAAUAAAUGAUGAAUCUUUUGAACAAAAUGAAGAACAAUAUUAUAAUUAUUAUGAAAAUGAGGAAAAUCCGGAAAAUCAAUUCAUUAAUAAAAGAAUUACAAUUCAAGAAAAUGAUUCGUAUCAAAAUUUUAAGCCUGAAGAAAAUUCUCAGAAAAAAAGGAAACUCAGUCCUAUUGUAUAUAACAGAUCUCGCUCAAACAGUCCUAAUGAUAAAUCACUUAUGUCAUCUUUACUUGAAUCAGUUUUACAUACUGAUAAACGGCCAAUGAUAAGUUCUGUUAUUACGACUCUACCAGAUAAAUCUGGUGAAAAAUGUCGAUACUGGCCAAAUUGUACGUUAGGCAUCAAAUGUGCCUAUUAUCACCCGGAAGUUUCAUGCAGUUCCUUUCCUGCUUGUAAAUUUGGAGAUAAGUGUGCUUACAAACAUCCAAAGUGCAAAUUCGGAUCAGCCUGUACAAAACUAAACUGUAUAUUUUCACAUCCUCCAAUACAAUGCAAAUAUCAUCCGUACUGUAUGAAACCAGGAUGUCCAUUUUCUCAUCCGAAAAUGUCGACUUCAAGCAUAUCUAGCAUUUUGAGCCCAUUAACUCCGGAUUUGUCUUCUGUGAGAGCUAAAUUUACGUGGAAAAAGAAAGACUAAUAACUUGAGUAUUAGGAAUGGGUCAUAAAUAAAUAUAUUCAAUUUUUUGUUUUUUUUACUUAUAGUAAUGCUGUAAAUUAUACUACAAAAUAUACAUUAAAAUUUAUCCUGAUCCAAUAUUUACUUAAAAAGCUUUUAUUCUGAUUACUACAGUUUAAUGUUACGUGUUAUCGGUAGUAAAUACACUUAAGCUUCUUUCACUGCUAACGUUACAUAUAUUAAAAAAUAAAACUUUUAAGUGAAUAAAAUGCUCGUGGUGAAUUUUUCCAUUUUAAGUUUUUAAAAACAUCGACUUUUGGUUAGAGAUUUUUUUAUUCUGUAAUAGCAUAUUUUAUCUGAAAGAACUGUAAAAGUAGUUACUGAAACGAAUGAAUAUAGACACUUGAGUAUCUAUAUUCGUUAUUAAAAAUAAUAAUAAAAAUUAUAAUUAAAUUUAGCGAUAGACAAAUAAUUAAAUGUAAUAAAAUCUACAUUUACAUGGUUUUAAAUUGUAUAUUUAGAAUAAACAAGAUAACGAUUUUGAUCUAAUUUAUUUUAGAUCGUGUAAAAAAUAUUUAUAAUAAAAUACAUAAUCAAUUAAUUUUGCAUUUCAUUAUUAAUCAAAUUUUGUUCUUUUUCUCAUAAUUUGUUGUAAAAUGUAUAUAUAUUCGUUUGAUUCGCGAGUAAAAAAAACACUAAAUAUGCAGCUGUUAUAAUAAUAGAAUUUUUUGAUCAUUAUGUUUAUGAUUAUCCAAGAAAAAUUAUCUAUACGAUAAAGGUAUUUUAUUUUACAAUUUAAAAAAUUUUUUCACUUGACGUAAAAUUCAAUUCAGGCCCUCGUCACAUAUGCGCGUACGAGGGCGUACAAACGCGUACAAAUCGCUAAAAAUUUUGGUAGUGCCAACAACAGAAAAU